GAAGCUGCACGAAUUCCUCCACUCCCUCCGCGCGCGCGCGCGCGGGCAGUCCGCGCCGCCCGAUUGCGGCGAUUGUCUCAUGAUCCCAUUUGACUCCCCUGCUCCUGCUCCUGCUGCUGCUGCUGCUCCCCUCCCGCCGGUUCGUAUCUCGUCUGGGAUUUCGUUUUGCGCUUUUUGGUUCCGGUUUCUCAGUUUCCUUUUCCCCUCCCGGUUGUUAUGCUUCCCUAGCGGUGGUAAUCGAGAUCUGUGAAUUUAUAGCCAUGGCCGACGUUGAGGGGGGCAGGAUUCGGGGGGAUUCCUGUUUAUCCGUCGAAUGCGUGAGGAUUUGGAGUUUUCCGUAGUAGGAAGCGAGGGUUUUUGUGUUGCUUUGGUGGGUUUCGCUAGCUGAGAUUCGAUCUGGGUUUUCGAGCUUCGAGGGAUUUUGUGGCGAGGGUCGUGGGUUUUUUGUUUGUGCGGGGGUAGGGAUGAAGAUAGAGCUAGGUGUUGGGGAUGGGCCUUGGAAUGAUGAAGAGAAAGCUAUGGUUGCUGCGGUCUUAGGAACCCGGGCGUUCGAUUACUUGGUGUCCAGCUCGGUUUCGAAUGACAAUCUCCUGAUGUCCAUUGGGAGUGACGAGAAUUUGCAAAACAAGCUCUCGGAUCUCGUGGACCACCCCGACUCUUCCAACUUUAGCUGGAACUAUGCCAUCUUCUGGCAAAUUUCUAGGUCUAAGUCGGGGGAUUGGCUGUUGGGUUGGGGGGAUGGGUCCUGUAGGGAGCCGAAAGAUGGAGAAGAAUCCGAAGCGACUCGAAUCCUCAAUUUGAGACUCGAGGACGAGUGCCUGCAGAGGAUGAGGAAGCGGGUGCUGGACAAGCUGCAUACCGUCUUUGGCGGGUCGGAUGAGGACAAUUACGCGCUUGGUUUGGACCGGGUGACGGAUAUGGAGAUGUUCUUUCUGGCGUCCAUGUACUUCUUGUUUCCCACGGGAGAAGGGGGUCCAGGCAAGUGUUUUGCUUCGCGGAAGCACGUAUGGCUGACGGAUGCACUCAAGUCGUCCUCUGAUUACUGUGUUCGGUCAUUUCUUGCAAAGUCUGCGGGGAUUCAGACAAUAAUUUUGGUUCCGACUGACGUUGGGGUUGUAGAGCUGGGUUCGGUUAGAUCUGUACCCGAAAGCUCGGAGGUGUUGAAGUCCAUAAGAUUGUCUUUCUCGGCAAAUUCAUUCGCGCUGGCUAAGCCAAUAGCAGCCUUACCCGUGACGAACGACAAGAAGGACGAAAAUGCCCCCUUCUCCAAUUUGGCGCUGGCAAGUAAGGGAGAGGGAAUCUCCAAGAUAUUUGGGCAGGAAUUGAGCACAAGUAACAGUCAUGGUCAUGGCCAUGGCCAUUUUAGGGAGAAACUCGCCGUUAGAAAGAUGGACCCCAGGCCUUCGUGGGAAGCUUACCAUAACGGAGGUAAACUCGCAUUUUCAACCCCUAGAAACGGUACCCAUGACGCAAGUUGGCCUCAUGCUCAUGGCGUAAAACAGGCGAGUCCUGUCGAAUUUUAUGGUUCUCAAACCUCGGCCAGUAAGCUAGAGGAGCGGAUGAAUGGUGGUAGGAACGAUAUUGGGUUGAACCGCUACCAAGCACAAAAGCAGGUGCAAAUGCAAAUCGACUUUACGGGUGCCACUUCAAGGCCUUCUGUGAUGGCCCGACCAUUCACCGCUGACUCUGAGCAUUCUGAUGUUGAAGCUUCGUGCAAGGAAGAGCAGGGUGGGGCAGCGAACGAGAAGAGACCAAGAAAACGAGGCCGGAAGCCUGCAAAUGGAAGAGAAGAACCUCUCAAUCAUGUGGAGGCAGAGCGGCAGCGACGCGAGAAGCUGAACCAGAGGUUCUACGCUCUUCGUGCAGUGGUGCCUAAUAUAUCCAAGAUGGAUAAAGCUUCCUUAUUAGGAGAUGCCAUUGCUUAUAUAAACGAGCUUCAAGCAAAGCUCAAAAUCAUGGAAGCAGAUCGGGAGAGGUUUGGAAGCACUUCGAGAGAUGCAUCAGCUGUCGAGGUUGAUGCCAACGCGGAGCAAUCGAACCAAGCUCCGGAUGUUGAUGUCCAAGCUACUGCUGCCGAUGAGGUCGUUGUGAGGGUCAGCUGUCCUUUGAAUUCUCAUCCCGCAUCAAGAGUCAUCCAGGCUUUCCAAGAGGCGCAGGUCACCGUUCUCGACUCGAAGCUUUCGACAGCCAACGACACUGUGUUUCAUACAUUUCUGAUAAAGUCGCAAGGGUCUGAACAGAUGACCAAGGAGAAGUUAACUGCAGCAUUUUCCCGUGAAUCCAACUCCUUAGAGCCAUUGUCGUCUGUUGGCUAAUGGGCGAUGUUCGCUUAUGCUAUAGUGGAUAGGCGUAAUACAUAGGGAAAGCCCCUUUGGAAGCUCGAUCAGAGUUUUGGAUUGCUGCAGAGUUUCCUUAAGAAGUGGUUGAGCCAAAAGGAGAAAAAUGACUUCCUGUUGACCAAUUAGGACAGCAAAUUUACUUUCAUUUUUUGUUUUUUUUUUAUGGUAAACAAUCCUCUCAUAAGGAAAUAUUCUUGAAAGUUGAAUUGAGUCUGUAAGUCUAUACCAUUUGUGGUUGUUCUGAACAUUAAUAUAGUUUCUCUUUAUAA